AUGCCAGAAGUCAAAGAGAAGGGUCUCGAGUCAGAUAUUUUACCUGCAGAUGUCACCUCAACCGUUGGCUUGAUGACAUCCCCAUCUUCACAGCAAGACGCCAAUAUCGAAGUUCCACUCAGACCAUGGGAGAAGCCCGGAUUCAAAGGUUCUGUUCGUCGUUUCUUAAGAAGUAUGAAAGGCUACGUCUGGGAUGAUCCAGAUAAACCAGCUAUCGAAAAACGUUUCCUCCUCAAACUCGAUUUCUUCCUCCUUACCUACGGCUGUCUUGGAUACUUUUGCAAGAAUCUCGAUCAAGCCAAUCUAAACAAUGCCUAUGUUUCCGGCAUGCAAGAAGCCAUCAACAUGAAAGGCAGUCAUAUGUGGGAAAUGUUUUCACUGCUGGCUAUGUGA